AUGAUCGCAAAAUCUUUGGGUAAAAGACUGUUCUCUACAAGGACAAGCGCCGAUGUAAUCAUUAUUGGUGGAGGUCAUGCCGGCUGCGAAGCAGCCCAUGCAUCAGCUAGGACUGGAGCCAAUACUGUGCUUGUAACUCAGAAGCUUGAAAGUAUUGGAGAAAUGAGCUGAAAUCCAUCAAUUGGAGGUAUAGGCAAAGGAACGCUUGUCAGAGAAAUUGAUGCCUUAGGGGGAAUUAUGGCUAAAACUGCAGAUGAGGGAGGGAUCCAAUUCAAAGUAUUGAACCAAUCUAAGGGUCCAGCUGUGCAUGGACCAAGAUGCCAGCAAGAUAGAGAUUUGUAUAAGAAAGCGAUGCUUCAUGCGAUGCAAAAUACUCCAAACUUGAGCAUAGUAAAUGGUAGUGUUGAAGAUCUCAUUGCUAAUAAAUCUACAAAUACUGUUGAAGGAAUCAUACUAGAUAAUGGAGAAGAGAUUCGAUCAAAAACUACAGUGAUAACUACUGGAACUUUCCUGGGAGGAGUCCUCCACAUUGGCAAAGAUCGGUAUGCAGGAGGUAGAUUUAUGAGAAAAGACGACAAUGCUGAGCCACCGAGUACAAAACUUUCCAAAACACUACGCAGUUUCAACUUCCCUAUGGGGAGAAUGAAGACUGGAACUCCUCCUCGAUUGAAGUAUUCUACUAUCAACUAUGAAGGUCUUGAAGCUCAGGAAAGCGACACAGACAUUCAGUAUAUGAGCUUGCUGAACCAAUUUAAAGGCAAAAAGCCUGUCAAUGAUCUUAUAAACUGCUACAUUACAUAUACAAACCCAGAGACACAUAAUAUAAUCAAUGAAAAUCGGAAAUUGCUGCCUGAUUUUGAUGAGAAUGAGGGCCAAGGAGUUCCUCCGAGGUAUUGUCCAUCAAUUGAGCUCAAGUUGCUCAGGUUCUCCCAAAAGAACAAACAUAGAGUCUGGCUUGAGAGAGAAGGGUCAGAUAGUGACAUAGUAUAUCCUAAUGGUAUCUCUACUUCUCUUCCUGAAGAUGUGCAGCUAGAAUUCCUGAAAACAAUUAAGGGAUUUGAAAAUGUAGAAAUCCUUCGCUGUGGAUAUGCUGUGGAAUACGACUAUAUCACACCUAAUUGCCUCAAGCACUCUCUAGAGACAAGGAUUCUCAAUAAUUUGUACCUAGCCGGACAGAUAAAUGGGACAACAGGGUAUGAAGAAGCAGCAGCACAAGGAAUCGUAGCUGGAAUUAACGCAGGUUUACAAGCUCAAAAUCGUAACCCCUUUAUCCUAAACAGAUAUCAAGGAUUGAUAGGAGUUCUAAUUGAUGAUCUUAUUUCUAUUGGAGUAAAAGAACCCUACAGAAUGUUUACAUCCCGUUCUGAGUUUAGGCUUCUUCUGAGGCCUGAUAAUGCGGAUCUCAGGCUAUCUCCUUUAGCCCAAGAAAUUGGAAUUCUAGAUGAAGAAUACUCCGAUAUGGUAGAUUUUAAAAAAUCUGAACAUGAGAAUGCCCUAAAGGUGCUUAAAAGCUACCAAUUUUCCACAACGCAAUGGUCAAAAUAUGGUGUGCCAGGACUGUCUGUAAAGAAUAUCAACAAGUUAUCUGGAGACGAACUGGUGAGCACCAACUCCGCUGUCUCUCUAAACUCAGUUGCUAGUGCUAUAACAGAGCACAGGUCUUCAUUGGAAGAACCCCCAUUCACUAUUGAUAGUAGGGCGAUAAGACCCCUUGAAAUUGAGCUAAAAUAUCGGAUUUAUAACACAAGGCUACAGAAGAUUUCAGAAACUCUUAAGAAGGAGCAGUACAACACCGAUAUAUCAGAGCUUGAUCCCUCUGAAGUUAAAGGUACAAAUAAAUUAGCACCUCCAAGACAUUCCAUGACAAUAGCUAUUUUCUUCUGAGGAUAAAACUUUGUUGGGAGGCUGAGCCACUUUCAAAAUCACCAAAAUGCACUUCAAAUGAUUUUUAGAGAAAAUUGUUUCACAAUUUUUAGGAUCAUAAAAUUUGAAGUCCGCCUUUGUUCAUUCCUAUUAGUUUCAAUGUUGUUUAAUCCAAACUUAUAGCCUUUAUCUCUUCUGAGGAUUUCGAGAUUCUUGAGAGUAGAAAUCCGACAACUUUGUAUGGAGCAAUGAGGCUUGGUGUCAAACCGACAGCCAUCGCUGCGAUCUGGUUCUACCUCAAGAGGCAGAAAUAGGGAAGAGCAUUGAGU